UGUGCGGGACUAUGUCGUUAUCAAAGUGGCGGCUAUUGCAGCAUUCGCCUGAGCGAGCCCUUGUUGAAGUUUAGAACACGACAGGACAUGAUUGAAACGUUGUUACACGAAAUGAUUCACGCCUACCUUUUCGUGACAAAAAAUAAUCGUGAUCAUGAUGCCCACGGACCAGAGUUUCUUAAACACAUGAAACGCAUUAAUAAUGAAGCUGGAACUAAUAUUACUGUUUAUCACAAUUUCCACGAAGAAGUUGACCAUUAUAGGACACACGUUUGGAAGUGCGAUGUCA